AGCGAGAGAGAGGAAGAGAAAGAGAAAGAGAAAAGGCGACUAGGAACUGAAUAAGCACUCCCACCGUGGGUGCGUGCCACCAUGGGAGCCUUGCAUCACUUGCCCGAGCCGUAGCUUCGUCCAUGGGCUAUGUCGUGAUCCGUGGGCUCCGCCAGCGGGAUUUCUGUCAGUGAUCCUAGCCGCCAAAGAGAGGGGGAGAAGAUGUCCGCCUCGGUGGGCCCUCCGGGCGGCGCGCGUCCACCCGUCGUGCCGGCGUCCAUGCCCGAACCGGACCUGAGCCAUCUGACGGAGGAGGAGAGGAAGAUCAUCAUGGCCGUGUUAGCUCGACAGAAGGAGGAGGAGGAGAAGGAAGAGGCCAUGUUAAAGGAGGAGAAGCCCAUCCAAGCAAGAACUGUGAACCUGGUUGGGCAGAAGAAGCCUCCUCAGCAAAACGAUGUCCGAGGUAUCCAGCAGCAGAUGUCGAGCUACAGGGAGACGGUGCGGCGGGUGGGGGAGGAGACGCGCCGGCAGACCACCACGGGCCAGCACCGGGACGACGCUCCCACCUGUGGCAUCUGCCACAAGACCAAGUUUGCUGACGGCUGUGGCAGCCUCUGCUCUUACUGCCAGACCAAGUUUUGUGCCCGCUGCGGAGGGAGGGUGUCCUUGCGCACCAACAGUGAGGACAAAGUGGUGAUGUGGGUGUGUAAUAACUGCCGUAAGCAGCAGGAGAUCCUCACUAAGCCAGGGGAGUGGUUCUCAGGUCCAGGGAAGCCAGGUCUAGGCUCAGGCAUCAGUGACCCGGCCAUGUGUGGCCUGAACCCCGGUGACAAGAAGCUCCGUUCCCACUUCCAAGUCCCCCUGGGGCCCCUCGACCCCAAUCACCCCGGUGACCCAGGACUGGCACCCGGAAUGGACCUCCGGUCACGUAGCGAGCCGCCGAGAAAGCCGGGCGAUCAGAACGUUAAAGGUCGAGGUGAGCGUCGGCCGGGUCACCCCAGACUCCAUACCCAGGUGUCAGUGGACCGGGACCAGUGGGAGCGGGAGCGGAGGGAGGGCCGGCGGCUGAGUAAGGGCCGCUCUCUGGAACACGACCCUGUGGGAGUGGGGGUCCCCCGAUGGACAGAGGAGGGCUACCACAUAGACCCCAACGCCCCCCGACAUUUAGCCCAGCCAGUGGAGCCACUGGGGGGCAGGCACCCUCUACAGCCCCAGGGGCGAGGCAGGGGGGUUGGGAUGGGGAUUGGGUUUGAGAGUGUUGGGGGCAUUGGGGGCCAGCCUGAGGCUAUGCUGGGCCAGAGGACGGUGGUGGGGGGCACUAGAGGGCCACAGGGCCUCGGCCCUCCACAGCUCCAGCCCCCAGAACUCAGGGAGCCUCCUGGGACAGCCCCAGGCCCCGGACCCGGUCAGGAUCCCCUCCUGCGCCGGUCCAAACGGGAGAAGGCUGAGAGCAUGCUGCGCAAUGAUUCGCUCAGCUCGGACCAGUCAGAGUCUCUGCGGCCGCCCCCGCCACGGCCCUACAAGUCAAAACGUGGCGGUGCCGGGAAGAGACAGACAUCUGUCAGCAGCUCAGAGGAAGAGGGAGGGACCACGCCGGAGUAUAGCAGCUGUGAGGACGCCGAGAUUGAGAGUGUCAGCGAGAGAGGUGAGAGAGGGGACUGGGAGUGCUACCCGCCGGACCCCACUGUGUGGCAUCAUCCUGUGACAUGGCAGCCGUCCAAAGAGGGUGACCAUCUAAUUGGCCGAAUCACCCUGAGCAAGAGGAGUGCUAUGCCCAAAGAGGCCGGAGCACCGCUGGGGCUGAAGGUGGUUGGGGGAAGGGUCACAGAGGCGGGCAGACUGGGAGCCUUCAUCACUGUAGUCAAGAAGGGCAGUCUGGCCGACAUCGUGGGACACCUUCGAGCAGGGGAUGAGGUUCUGCAGUGGAACGGCAAGAUGUUGCCAGGAGCAACCCAGAAAGAAGUUUAUAAUAUCAUUCUCAAUUCCCAAGCAGAACCUCAAGUGGAACUAGUGGUGUCUCGGCCCAUUGGUGAUAUCCCAAGAAUCCCAGACACGUCCCACCCUCCAUUAGAAUCUACAGGUUCCAGUUCAUUUUGGGCACCAGUCCCAGUCAAGGAUGGAGCGGCCAUCUAUAUCGGUUCAAUUUUUGGCUGGUAUGACAAGAUCCUAAUAGAGCUGGAGACAGCCCCGUUGGAUGACAAGCCUCACUGGUACAAGCUGCAGACCCACGACGUGUCGUCUAUCCCCCUGCCCUGGCCAUCCCCUUACAUGCCCCGCAGAAACACAGACACACCCAGCAAGAAGCUGCAGCGUUCUCAGCGUGUUAAAGAGCCUGAGUACGAUGACACUGGAUCUAUGCCUAAAGCUGCCGAGAGGGGUUCGGGGAGGGGGGAGAGCAGAAGGUCCCCACGCCACCACUGGAGGUGCCGGAGCAGAAGAGGACACCCCGCAUCGCUCUCGACUCUGUCUCUCUCACAGAGAGGAACAGGGCAGGGGCGACAUCGACCCGCCAAUGUCCCCACCCAGAGCUGCUCCCAGUCUCUGCCCCGCAGACGCCCCGCCAGCCCCAGGAUUCUAAUCCAACACGCCUCCCCAGAAGACGACAGGCAAACUCGGAGCCUGGACUCAUCCACCUGUCACACUCUGGGCAAGAAGCUCCCUGACAACGACAGAAUAAAGCCCACCUCCAUCCUGAGGGGGUCCCGAGGACGGCCCCCUCCCCUGCGGCCUCUCGGUAAGGGGACCCUCCGAGAGUUGGCCCCGGGUUCACCCCAACCAUACAGGGGCCACCUCCAAGGUGGUGCGUCUCUGUCCACCUCAGUGAUGUCCUCGUCAGCAGCUCGCAGGGUCAGACAACUCCCACAGGUCCCAGACAAGAGCAGCAGCCCCGUAGAGCAAGCCCUAGCAGCAGAGGAGCGUGUUCGUCAGCUCCAGAUGAAGGUGCAGCAGAGGGACUCCCACAGGAGUCCUGUUGCUCCGUCCACUUCUAGCAGGGACGUGGAGAGGGUGCUCAAGAGCAAACGCGAGGUGCGGACUCCGGCCGCAGAACCUGAAACAGAAGGGGUAGGGUCCGGGGUGGCCCCCAUCAUGGCGGCGGCUCGGGCGCGGACGAGGCCCCCACUCACCAUUGUCAAUACCCGCUUUGGACCAGAGGAAACCAGCUGUGAGAACGUAUCCGCAUCUUCAGACAGUGAUGUCAGCGACGUGUCAGCCAUCUCUCGCACCAGCAGUGUCCGCAUCAGUAGUACCAGCUACAUAUCCAUCCAGUCAGAGAGACCCGGGACGCUUCAAGUAAAAAGAACAACACAUACGCACGCACCAAAGGCGAUGCGUGCGUCAGGCCGCAGCAUGUUAAAGAGCACCAGUGUGAGCGGUGAGAUCUAUGGCAUUGAGCACACGGACGGCAGCCAAUCAGAUACAGCAUUGGGCGGGGGCAAGAAGCGGCGCUCCAGCCUCAGCCAACGGGUGGUGGCCAUUGUGGGCCUGCCCUCCAGACGCAGCUGCAGCACCUCACAGCUCACCUCCCAGAAAGCAGUGGUGGUGGAUACUAAAAAGAAGGGCAAGAAAAAGAACAAAAUCCAGAUCCAGCGGAGUACAGAGGUGGGCAUGGCUGUAGAGUACCCCCGCUCUGCCAUGAACCGCCAGGCCAGCAGAGACUCCACUGACGGAAGCAUGAACAGCUACAGCUCUGAGGGGAAUCUAAUCUUCUCRGGGAUGAGGCUGGGGGUUGACAGUCAGUUCAGUGACUUCCUGGAUGGCCUUGGCCCCGCCCAACUGGUGGGCCGGCAAACAUUAGCCACACCCGCCAUGGGAGAUGUUCAGAUCGGAAUGAUGGACAAAAAAGGCCAGCUAGAGGUGGAGGUGAUUAGAGCACGUGGCCUUACCCCCAAACCAGGGUCCAAAUCACUCCCAGCACCCUAUGUCAAGGCCUACCUGCUGGAUAACGGAGCCUGUAAAGCCAAAAAGAAAACCAAGAUUGCACGUAAAACCCUGGAGCCACUCUACCAGCAGGCCCUGCUGUUUGAGGAGAGCCCACAGGGGAAAGUCCUCCAGAUAAUAGUCUGGGGCGACUACGGGCGACUGGAUCACAAAUGCUUCAUGGGAGUUGCACAGAUCCUAUUGGAGGAGCUGGACCUCUCCAGCACAGUGAUUGGCUGGUACAAAUUGUUUCCUCCUUCCUCAUUGGUGGACCCUACCUUAGCCUCGCUUACGCGGCGGGCGUCCCAGACAUCCCUGGACAGCUCAGGACCAGCUGGUAUGCGCUCUUAGUGACCACAACGCAACCACAACCCCAAAUGGACAACAACCAAUGGACCACAACUGACCAGAGUGCAUGACCACAUCCCUAGGGCCAAGAUAGACCUUAAGCAAAUCAAAGCCAGACAGAGAGAUAGAGAUAUACAGAGAAAGAGAGGGAGAGAGAGAACUAGCCAAUCAAAGUUUAGCUGGAGUCAGACAAUCAUUUCCCAUGCCUCCCUCCUUCCGUUUUCCCUCCUUUCUCUGGGCUGCUAGGGCCUUGCUCCUGAGUCUCACGUCUUCUAUUUCUCAUCCCUCCUUUUUAUGUAUCCAUCCUCCUUCUCUCUGACAUCUCCUUUUUUUGUCCCCUCUUUCUCCAUUCCUCCUCUCCCUCCGUUGAGUGUGUUAUGGCUUGUGCUCCUGAGAUUGAAGGGACUCAUGCAGCCCACUCUGUUAGGGGGCACAAGGGAUGUCAGCCCAGGCUUGGUGUAGCCAAUCAAUGAAGAGGUUAUUGUGAGGCCAUAAAGAGUGUGCAGGAGACAAAGGGAAAAGAUUGAAGACGCCCUGYCGACAGCUGCCCAUCAAAAUGCGUUUCAGCAUUGAGGUCGUCAUGGCGUCGCUAUAUCUGUGAGGAUUGGCGUGAUUGCACAACCUGUUAGGGGAGGGAGACUGCACAGGUGAAAACAAUACUUGUUCUAAGAUCAAAGCAAGCACAAAAGCUUGAUUAUUUUUCAGACAACAAAUGGUUGUGAAAGAGAAAAAAAAGGGCCAAAUUAUGGUUAGAUCUAUUUUAUUCUAUUUGCCUAGAGUUGAGAAUGGUACCUAGAGUUUGCCUAGAGUUGAGAAUGUUGAGAAUGUGGUGCAGACUCCCUGUGUGCAUAUUUGGUUUCGAGUGAUGGUGGUCUGCAGACCAGCAGAGGUCUCGUCACCCCCCGCGAGUGUGGCGGGCGCAGCAUGACUCGGGACCCCGGCCCAAGCUGCAUGCACAUUUUUUUGUAAAACAAAAGCCAGACGAAUUACUUAAAAAGAGACUAGACUAAAUGUGUGUUAGUUCCACAUACUUUAGGCCAGCUUGUAUGUUGCAUGUACUUGUACAGUUUGCUCGUACUGAAUAUGAAUACAAACAGAAAAGCCAUCCGCCAUCCAAGGGCGGACACCGGGGGAAUAAGCUCCGCCCAGGCCACACCUCCCACUCUGCGUAUGAAUAUCCAUAUUAGGAAGUCUCCAAAAUACUUUUUUCUUUUCUUGUGUUCCUUUUGAACCCUUUGGAGAGCAGUGCUGUAUCGUAGUACUGAGCAAACUGACUAUCUGAGGAGCUAGGUGUUUUAACUAUAGUCUUUGGCAGUGGGGCUAGGUAGAGAAUGUGUGUAUAAAAACAGAGAUUAAUGUAUAUGAAGUAUAAUUAUGACAUAAAUGAUAAAAGAUAUAGAUAUAUAUGAUUAUCAAAUGAGUGUAUCUGACUAUACACCUAUCACCUAUAAACACACACACACGUUGUAAAUAUGAGUCAGGGGGACGAUAUUUACACACACAAAACGAUCCAAACAUUCCUAGUCCUAUGGAAACAGAUCUGAGCCCCUUGCCCUGUGCUUUGAGAGCCGCUGAGCGGUGCCCAACCACAAGGGGGAGCCAACAGACCUUUCAGUUUCUCCUCAUAGCAGCCAAAACCAACAUGACUAUUUGCAACACAUGCCACCUUGUUUCUUUAACCGCAAAACUUUAAUCCCCGUAUUUUAUCAUGGUUUGGACUGAACUUAAAACCCAUAAAGAUUUUGUUAGCUGACGUUUUAGUUGAACCUCUUGGGGUGCAGCCCACUGCCCUUUCCUUUGUCGGUAUUACUCCACGAUACUGAUUGUUUACAGUCCAUGAGUUUCCACUCAAAACACGAUAUCUAGAAAAGAAGUAUUCACUUCAACAUUUCUUGUUUGUAUAACAGAUGUGGCUCUACUGAUGUGUAUGUUUUAUAUUCAAGAGUUCAUUUUUAUUAUUUACAAAUAAAAGACUGUGGAAGAAAA